GACACAACUACUGUAUUAAGCGGCUCCUUAAGGAAGCCAGUCCAGAUAUUUGCUCUGCUGUAGAACCCACCUUGACACGGACAGCGUGGUUUCAGGAACAAGUGUGGGGAUGGAUACUUUCUGCAGCCUCAGUGGCCUUGAUCCACUUUGGGACUGGAACCAGACAUGGUACACACACACCCCUGAAUUGAGUGACUGUUUCCAGAACACAGUGCUGGUGUGGGCACCCUGUAUCUACCUGUGGCUCUGCUCACCAUUUUACUGUCUUCAUCUGUACUGCCAUGGUCGAGGACGCCUGCCCCUCUCGCUGCUCUGCAGUGCCAAGCUGUUGCUGGGCUUCUUCUUGGCUUCCUUUGGUUUUGUCGAAUUCUUCUACAUCCUGUUGGAGCGACACCAAGAAAUCCACCACCACUUCAUCUUUCUCCUGGCCUCGGUCAUACGCAGCCUCACUGUGGUGUUAGCGGUGUGUAUCAUCCAGUGGGAGCGAGUGCGAGGCUGCCGCUCCUCCGUGGUGCUGUUCCUGUACUGGCUACUCAGCGUGGUGUGUUCUCUCGUUCCUCUCAGGGCCAAGAUCCAGUUGGCCAUCGAACAGGGCCUCACUCCUGAUAUCGUGCACUACAUGGCAUUUUUCUCGUACUUCGCCCUCCAACUGGCGCAGCUCUUCCUCAGCUGUUUCGCAGACCUGGCUCCUCCAGGCAAAGCCGUCCUCCAGAACGCGUGCCCUGUACAGGAUGCAUCGUUUUUGUCCAAGAUGCUCUUCUGGUGGUUCAGCGGGUUGGCUGUAAAAGGAUACCGCACCCCUCUACAGGCAGAAGAUCUGUGGUGCCUGCGUGAGAAGGACACGUCACAUAAAAUCCUCUCGGACCUGGAAGAGGAAUGGACCAAAGAGCGCACCAAACUGCAGCAGCAGGAGAAGCAGCUCAGCAGCAGUGUGGUGUUGGGAACUCGCUUGCCAGAUCAGGCCCAGCUCCUCAGAAAGCUGCAGAAGGAACAAAGCUCAGGCUUUUGCCUUUUACGGACGCUCGCUCGCAACUUCGGACCGUACUUCCUGUCUGGAACCCUGUGUCUGGUGGUCCAUGAUGCGUUCAUGUUUGCCAUUCCACAAGUACUCAGUCUGCUGUUGGGCUUUAUGAGGGAGGAGGACGCUCCGCUGUGGAAAGGAUAUUUCUACGCCACGCUCAUGUUCCUCCUCUCCUGUAUGCAGUCCCUUUUUAACCACCAGUACAUGUACUCCUGCUUCACAGUGGGCAUGAGGGUCAAGACGGCAGUUAUGGGUCUCGUCUAUAGGAAGUCUCUGGUGAUAAACAGCGCAGCACGGAGGAAGUGUACAGUAGGAGAGAUUGUGAAUCUGGUCUCUGCGGACACCCAAAAGCUCAUGGAUUUUGUCGUGUACUUUAACGCCGUGUGGCUCGCUCCCAUCGAGAUUGCCCUCUGCCUCUUCUUUCUCUGGCAGCACCUGGGACCAUCUGCUCUGGCUGGCAUCACCACGGUCUUUCUCAUCUUCCCUCUGAACGGAUUCAUCGCCAAGAAGAGAAGCAAACUGCAGGAGAUCCAGAUGAAGUUCAUGGAUGGUCGAAUCAAGCUCAUGAACGAAAUCCUGAAUGGCAUAAAGAUCCUGAAGUUCUACGCCUGGGAAAAGGCUUUCCUUGAGCAGGUCUUAGGUUACAGAGAAAAAGAGCUCAAAGCCUUGAAGAAGUCCCAAAUCCUUUAUUCCAUUUCCAUCGCUUCCUUCAACUCUUCGACCUUCCUGAUCGCCUUUGCGAUGUUUGGCGUGUACGUGCUCAUAGAUGACAAGAAUGUGUUGGAUGCUCAGAAGAUUUUCGUCUCCAUGGCACUUAUCAACAUCCUAAAGACUCCUCUGAGCCAACUUCCGUUUGCCAUGAGCACCACCAUGCAGGCUGUUGUCUCGCUCAAGCGCUUAGGGAAAUAUUUGUGCCAAGAAGAGUUAAAACCAGACAGCGUGUCCAGAGAAGCUUUUAAGUCAGACGAAGAAGGUGUCGUGGUUGAGAACGGGACUUUUAGUUGGUCUAAAGACGGUCCUCCUUGUCUGAAAAGGAUCAGUGUAAGAGUUCCUCGUGGUGCAUUGGUUGCAGUUGUUGGUCAUGUUGGCAGCGGAAAGUCGUCCUUGCUCUCUGCUAUGCUCGGAGAGACGGAGAGAAGAAGUGGAAGUGUUUCUAUUAAGGGAUCUGUGGCUUACGUCCCCCAACAAGCCUGGAUUCAAAAUGCUACGCUGCAGGACAACAUUUUGUUCGGUAGGGAGAACAAGAAGACCUGGUAUCAGCGUGUUUUGGACGCAUGCGCUCUGCUGCCAGAUCUCGACAUACUACCAGCAGGAGACGCCACUGAGAUUGGCGAGAAGGGCUUGAACCUGUCCGGAGGUCAGAAGCAGAGGGUGAGUCUGGCACGUGCUGUCUUCAGGAAAGCCGAUAUCUAUUUGCUGGAUGAUCCUCUCUCAGCUGUUGAUGCCCAUGUGGGUCAGCACAUCUUUGAUAAGGUUAUCGGGCCCAAGGGUGUGCUGAGAGACAAGACUCGCAUCCUGGUGACCCACGGGACAAGCUUCCUGCCUCAGGCCGAUCUGAUCCUGGUGAUGGUUGAGGGAGAGAUCACGGAAAGUGGUUCCUACCAGGAGCUUCUGAACCGUAAUGGAGCCUUCGCAGAGUUCAUCCACACUUUCGCCAGCUCUGAGAGGAAGGAGUGCUCCACACAAAGAGGUUCCAGAAAGUCCUGCUCAAGGCUCAGUGUAACAGACUUCAUGCCUUUCUCCAGGGACCUCUCCCAGGAGCAACUAAUUGGCGGUGACACAAACAGUGUCACUAUUCAGAGUGUAGACCCUGAUAUUGAACCGGAACAAAUUCCUGAAGACCUGGGGAAACUCACUAAUGUCGACAAGGCCCGGAUAGGCAGGGUGAAACUGGAGAUGUACGUCGAGUACUUCCGUACCAUCGGUUUGGCACUGAUCAUGCCCAUUCUCUUCCUGUACGCCUUUCAGCAGGGCGCAUCUCUGGCAUACAACUACUGGCUCAGUAUGUGGGCUGAUGAGCCCAUUAUCAACGGUACACAGCUCAACACUGACAUGAAGCUGGGAGUCUAUGGAGCGCUCGGGUUUGCACAAGGUAUAGCCAUUUUUGGCACCACUGUGGCCAUCUCGAUUGGGGGAAUCAUUGCGUCUCGUCAGUUGCACCUAGACCUACUGAAGAACGUGCUCCACUCACCCAUGUCCUUCUUCGAGUCCACUCCCAGCGGCAACCUGCUAAAUCGCUUUGCCAAAGAAAUUGAUGCCAUCGACUGUAUGAUACCUGAUGGCCUUAAGAUGAUGCUGGGCUACGUCUUCAAGCUGAUGGAGGUGUGCAUCAUAGUGCUGCUUGCCACACCCUUUGCUGCAGUCAUAAUCCUUCCUCUGGCACUGCUCUAUGCCUUUGUGCAGAGUUUCUACGUCGCCACAUCAUGCCAGCUUAGGCGCUUGGAGUCUGUGAGCCGCUCUCCCAUCUACACCCACUUUAACGAGACGGUGCAAGGCGCCAGCGUAAUCCGGGCCUUUGGGGAGCAACCACGGUUUAUUUUGCAGGCCAACCAGAGGGUGGAUCACAACCAGACUGCUUACUUCCCACGAUUUGUGGCAACCAGGUGGUUGGCCGUGAACCUGGAGUUCCUGGGUAAUGGGGUCGUUCUCGCUGCUGCCAUUCUCUCUGUGAUGGGGAAAGACACUUUGAGCCCCGGGAUCGUCGGCCUGGCAGUGUCUCACUCCCUCCAGGUGACUGGCAUCCUCAGUUGGAUAGUGCGUUCAUGGACGGAUGUUGAGAACAACAUAGUGUCAGUCGAGAGAGUGAAAGAGUAUGCAGACACGCCCAAAGAGGCUCCAUGGAGCUCAGAAGACAUUUCACUCCCACCUGCUUGGCCCCAAACAGGAACAAUAGAGUUCCAGGAUUAUGGGCUGCAGUACCGUAAAGGUCUCGAGUUUGCUUUAAAAGGGAUCUCUCUACAUAUUCAAGAAAAAGAGAAGAUCGGCAUUGUGGGAAGAACCGGCGCAGGGAAGUCAUCCCUGGCCCUGGGAAUUUUCCGCAUCUUGGAGGCAGGAAAAGGAGAGAUUUAUAUAGAUGGGGUGAACAUUGCUAACCUUGGACUUCAUGAUUUGAGAUCCCGCAUCACUAUCAUUCCACAGGAUCCAGUGCUGUUUUCUGGAUCCUUGCGCAUAAAUCUGGAUCCAUUUGACGCUUACUCCGAUGAAGAAGUGUGGAGCGCAUUGGAACUGGCGCACUUGAAGCACUUUGUCUCCGGGCUUCCUGAUAAACUUAAUUACGAGUGCUCUGAAGGAGGGGAAAACCUUAGUCUCGGCCAGAGGCAGCUAGUAUGUUUGGCGAGGGCCCUCCUGCGAAAGACGAAGAUCCUGGUUCUGGACGAAGCCACGGCGGCAGUGGACCUGGAAACGGACACGCUAAUCCAGUCCACCAUCCGCAGCCAGUUUGAGGACUGCACUGUGCUCACUAUUGCACACAGACUCAACACCAUCAUGGACUACACCAAGGUUCUCGUAAUGGACAAAGGGCACGUAAUAGAAAUGGACUCCCCUUCUAACCUGAUUGCACAGAAAGGCCAGUUUUAUCGCAUGUGCAGGGAAGCUGGGUUGGUGUAAACUCAUGCACGCUCUGGAGCUGUGUCCCUGAACUGGUUUUGUAGCCCGUUGGCGCAACCUUGUGGUGGACUUCGAGCAUCGGUCGCACAGAGAGGCAUCCCCCUGCUGGUCAGUGUUAUAAGCAAGAAAAGCUUUAAAAGCAACAUGGUGCUUCAGUAAAUAAGAAGGGUAAUGAU